UGAAGUGGAAACCAGAGGAGUUUCCCCAUCGUCUCUGUCUCGGGAGGCCUGGGGUGGGAACGCACGUGUGCCACUGUGGUCUGGAGCCUGCACAGGCGUCUCGGCAGCAUCUAGGAGUGCAAGGACGGCAAGGGGGUGUGAAAGGGAGGGAGACCGUGCCCCACGGUCAAGCCUGUGGAAAAGUCCUCCUGCAAGUAUGAGGAGUGUGAGCUCCAGUGUCCCCAGGUCUUCUCGGGGCCCCUGGCAGGGGGUUCAGUGUUAGGUGCAAGUGUGACUCAGUGACUGAUGGACUUCAUCCGUGUAGGGUGUAAAUGAGGGAACAGCAACUUCCCUGCAGGAGAGGAAAAGUCUUUUGGGGGCUCUGGGGGGGCUACUUCCCUUUGAUGGAGUUUCUUCUUCUCCAGGAGAAGAGCCACGUGCUGGAGCCAUUGUCCAGCCUUGCCCUGGAGGAGCAGUGUCUGGCUCUGUCCCUAGACUGGUCCACUGGGAACACUGGAAGGGCCGGGGACCAGCCCUUGAAGAUCAUCAGCAGUGACUCCACAGGGCAGCUCCACCUCCUGAUGGUGAAUGAGAUGGGGCCCAGGCUGCAGAAAGUGGCCUCAUGGCAGGCACAUCAGUUCGAGGCCUGGAUUGCUGCUUUCGAUUACUGGCAUACAGAAAUUGUGUAUUCAGGUCAGUAUUCCUCCACUGGUCACCUCUGACGGAAGGCUUCCUGAGGGAGGGCCAGAGGGAGAGGGGGAGGCCUGUGCUGUAACUGUGA